AUGCAAACCGAAGUUCCUCCCUGCUCAGAAGAUCAAAAUUAAAAGGAUACUCCUGUAAAGAUAGAUAAAUAAACAAAUGAUGAAGCCAAUUAGAACCAAACUGAAGCUAUGGAUAUUGAGGAUAAUAAUUCCAAUUAAUAAAAUUAGAGAAAAAGAAAACAAAAUAACAUUCAAACAUAACCAGCAAUAAUUCUUACUCAAAAGAGACAGAGAAAACCACCUUAAUAAGCAUACGUUUAUCGAGAUCCAUCUCCUUAAAAAAUUGUCGAAAAAAAAAAACCUAAAAAAUACAAAAUAAGCUAAGAAAUGGAGGAUAUCUGUACAAAAAUAGCAAAAUGGGAGUAGUUUUAGAUUAGCUUAAAUUCAUUAGGGUAUCCAAGCUUGGUUUUGGAUGAAUAAAAGAUUUUUGAUCAAUUAAAGGAUUAUGAUUAAAAGGAUGAAGCAGGUAAGGAAUAUUAUCUGAAAAUGCUUGUGAGACUUAUUGGAGAGGCUAUGUGUUGCAAAAAUAGAAAUGAGAUUAAUCUAUAGAUUAAAAAUAAAAUUGAAGAAUUAAUUUAAUAAAAGAACAUUAUUAUAAAUUGGACUUCAGAAAAAUGGGAUGAAUAGAUUAAAUCUUUCUUAGAAAUUAAAGCUGAAUUAAAUGAAUAAAUCCAGCAUGCCUCACAAUUUGAUUUUUAAGCCUUGCAAACUCUAAUCGGCAAUAAUCUGCCUAAUUAUAUUGAAGAAUCCAAAUUGAAUGUCACAUUAGUAGUAUUGAAAACGAAACAAAUUGAUGACUUAAAAAAAGUAUGCGAUUUAAAUGAGUUAAAAAAUGUAAGAUUAAUAAGAGAGUAUUUGGCUACUUUAAAUAACAAGGUAGAUCAACUAAGGAAACUUAAAGAGAAAAUAAAUGUUAUUAAAAAAAAAGAGGAUGAGGAUGAUAUUAUAAAAUAAUACAAUUCUUAAGAUUCAAAAAUUUUAGAAUUUAAAAAUACACCUAUUAAAUUUUUGUAGAAAACAGAAAUUAAGGUGAAAACUCCAGCAACGCAAUAAAAAUAAAAGUAAAAACCAUAAAAUCUGGAAUAAAUUGAAAAUAAUUAAAGUAAUGAAAAUGACUAAAUUAAUUAAUAAGUAAACUAUUAAGCAGAAUCAAAUGAAGCAACAGAAAAAAAAGUGAGUGAAAAUAAAUCAAAUAAAAAGAAAGAGAAAGAAUAAUAAAAAUAAGAGAAGGUUAUCAAAGGAACACUUGACAAAUUUAAAUUCAAGAAACCAGAAAUGCCAGAUAUUACAAAUUAAGCUAUAAAACCAGAAAUAUCAACUUAAUUUGAAACUCUCACUGCUCCAAAAGAUAACAAUUAAUAAGGAGUAGAAAGAGAUUCUUAAUAAUAAUAAGAUUCAAUUGAACUUUAAUAAAUUCGUUAAUCUUCGCAAUAGUAAUAAUAAUAAUAACCUUAAACAAUAGCAAAAAAUCUUAAACAUUUCUUUCCAGAGAAAAAAUAACAAUUAGUCCAAAAAUAAGAUGAAUAUUAACCAAAAUAAUUAACACCUUACAAAAUGGAGUAAUUUGAAGCUUUGAUCGAAAAAAUGGGCAAUAUGUAGUUAAAAGAAGAAAAAAUAUCGGUAUCUUUAAAUGAUUAUAAUACUGAUGAGAUUGAAAUAUAAGAGAAUAAACCUUUGCAAUAGGUUAAAAUUAGAAAAAUACAUAUUUUUAUUGCAGAUUCAGAUAAAGAAUUCAAUGGACAUUAAUUUGUUUAAUUAAGUCAAUUUAUAAGACCAAGGGCUCCUUUCUUAUUAGAUGAUUAAAUCGAUUAUGACAAGGACUCUUUAGAUGAAGUUGAGGAAAUCUUAGCAGAAAACCUUUCAGAUAUGAAUGACUCUGAUGAAGACCAAAGUGAGGAGAGUGAAUAGAAGGAUAGUUUUCUAGUAGAUGACAAUCAUCUAUCAUAAGAUGAGGUUGAGGAUCCUGAGGAAUUGUUAAAUAAUAAGUGUAUUGCAAAUAACACUUAGGUUCAAAAUGGAAUAGUCUACAUUAAAUACUCUUCAGUUGACCCACUAUUCUUCGAAAACUACAAAGCCUAAUAUAUUCCUUAAUUUUUUAAUGUUUAACAAUUAAAAGAUUAGAAUCAUGGAACAAUUUUACAGACUCUUGCAACCUAACAAGUAAAUAACACAAAAACUGUGUAAAUUCCAAAAGCUAAAAUGAAUUUUAGCAAUAAUGCUUAAGAAAAAUAAAACAAACCAAAAAAGCCAAAAGCGACCCCUUCUAUCGAUUUAUUCGCUUUGAAAUCCCAAUAAAAUAAUAAAUAACCCUUGGAAUAAAUAACAACAAAAUAAAAGGAUCAAUAAAAAACUGUUUUCAAAGAUUGA